AUGUCUGACCCGGACGUUCCCGAAAGCAACAAAGCUUUCGUUCCUCUCGAAAACAACCCCGAAGUAAUGUCACACCUCGUUCAUCAGCUUGGUCUCUCUCCCUCCCUAGGCUUCACAGACGUCUUCUCCAUCGACGAGCCAGACCUUCUCGCGCUUGUGCCGCGCCCUUCCCAAGCUCUCCUCCUCGUAUUCCCUGUCUCAAAAAGCUACGAAUCCAGUCGUAUCGCCGAGGACAGCUCUCUCCCUGAGUACACGGGCUCCGGACCAAAUGAGCCCGUAAUGUGGUUCAAACAGACAAUUCGGAACGCGUGCGGGCUGAUUGGGCUCCUACACGCUGUGUCAAAUGGCGAGGCAAGGAAACAUAUUCUGCCAGGCUCAGAUCUUGAGAAUCUGCUAAAAGAGGCGGAGAAGCUAGAUCCGAUCAGACGGGCAGAUCUGCUGUACGAAAGUAAGGCGUUGGAGAGUGCACAUGCUGAUGCAGCGAAAUUGGGGGAUACCAAGGCGCCUGGGGCGGAAGAUGACGUGGAUCUGCAUUUUGUGGCAUUUGUAAAGGGGGAGGAUGGGAGGCUGUGGGAGCUUGAUGGGCGGAGGAGGGGCCCGUUGGAGAGGGGGGUACUUGGAGAUGAGGAGGAUGCCUUGAGUGAAAGGGCGUUAGAGUUAGGGGUCAGAAGGUUCUUGGAUGUUGAGGCUAAAGGAGGGAAUCCGGAUUUACGGUUCAGCCUUGUCAGCUUGGGGGCUGUCUUUGAUUGA